AUGGCAGGCUCGCCGGAGCCAGAGUCUCCGCGUCAUGCCGACUUGGGGGGGUACAUCAGAAAAUGCUACGGCGAGUUCGGUCGUCCCUGUCCUUUUGGUGCCCAGCAAGAAGUAUUCAGCAGCUUGGGCAACCCAAUCCUCAAGCCACAAUUGUCAAGCAAUCGUAUCAAUCGAAUCUUGCUCUUUCCGGGAAGCUUCAACCCCCCUCACAACGGGCACCUUAACCUUCUUCGCCAUGUCUUUGAAUCAAGCAAUGAUAUUAAUAUCAUUGCCGCCAUAGUUCUGCCUCUCAGCGACUACAAAUUGCAGAGAAAGUGCGACAGUAGUUUCCAAUAUGACAUGGCGCUGACUCUCAACGAGCGAGUGCGGCUCUGGCGAGGGGAUCUGGGACCUUCCGACUGGUAUUGGGUUUUCGAUCUCGACAGGGGAUCCGACUGGCAUCACUUUUCAAAAAAUUUGGAACGGCAAACAGCCAAAGAUGGAUUCAAUUUGAGAUUUGUGGGAGUUUGCGGACCCGACCUCAUGAAAUUCAAUCAAAAUCCCUGGGCAAUUUCCGGAAGCCACGAGAUAAUUGUCAGCGACGUUGGCAGGCCAUCCCGCCUUUUCGUUCAGAGAAGAAUCCCGAGCCCUCUUCUAGGCUAUUCGAAAUGGGAGCCAGUAAGACUGGAAGGACAUGAACAGCCCGGUUGUGCUAGGGAUGCUAUGACCCCGGCAAAGGGGUCCCUGCGCUUGGGUUCGUCACAAGAGGCGGUUGAUGAUGGUAAGAAAAAUUCACGAUUAGUUGACGUAAGCUCAAAAACUCCCAGAACCAAUUCUCUACCGGAAAGUAGCUUGUGGUCCUACCAAGAGGGAUAUGGUCGUUUGGGUCUGUCACCGAGAAGGCGUGCCAGGGGACUGGAUUCGCUUUGUUCCGGGUAG